AUGUCCGAAACCACAAUGAUAUCAGCCUCAUGUUGGCUCGAGGAAGCCGUUGAUCAGGGAUGUUUAAACUUCCAUGAUUUCGAGAAAUUCUCGGAUUUCACAUCGAUAGGCAACGGACCAUUUGGCGAGGUGUAUCGUGCACAAUGGAAAAUUCGUGGUCUGGUCGUGGCAUUAAAAAGUUGGAUGGAUGCGACAGGCAAAGAGGAAAAAAAGAUGUUGGACGGAUUCAUAAGUGAGCUAAAGAUGCAUCGAAAAGUUGAUUAUCAUCCAAACAUUCUAAGAUUCUAUGGAAUGAGUCAAGGUGACGAUUCUUCUUGUGAAAACUUCAAAGGAUUUAUCCUAUUAUCAUCGUCUCAUCAUGUUUUCGUAUUCGAUCGACCAUCCCAAUUCUUUUUAUCCACUUCACAAAGACCUAUGUUCUAA